AAAACCUCAGGGGUUUUAGGUGGCACUGACAACCAAAGGCGCAUACCUCCACAAGGACGUAGGCUGCCCUCUUCCCCCUCGGUGAAGGAGAGGUCCGUUCUCUAUUUGUCCCGUGCAGCUGCUGCUGCGGAUCACGCCGGUGGUCUGCCAGAACUGAAUUCCGUUUGUGAGAUCUCUUUUAAUUCUCUUGAUUAUCACAAAGCAAAGAAGAGAUGGCAGAAGCUCAGAAUGACAUGAAUCCCACAUCCAUCAUCAGGAAGAUCGAUGAGAAUAUGCCUCCUCCUCCUCCUCCUCCAUCCCAGGACUCUGCACCAGGUGCAACUUCCGUUGCUAGAAGUCAGAAUUCUAGUCCACUUCCUCCUCCUCCUCCAAAGGAAACCUUCUCUAAGUUCUACCAGCAGCGUCAAGUCAAUGAGCUCAAGAGGCUUUACCGCCACAUGCAUCCUGAGCUCCGGAAAAACCUGGAGGAGGCCGUGACAGAGGAUCUGGCUGAGAUGCUGAGCACUGAUGACCCAAAUGCCCAGGCCUCCAUGAACCUAGACGCAGUGCUUCCUGGGGAGGUUCAAUCCAUGCGUUGGAUUUUUGAGAACUGGACGCUCGACUCCAUUGGGGAACAUCAAGCUGCAAAGAAGCUCGCUGAGGAGGAAGCCAUUCCAAGUGGAGAUGUGAAAAACAGGUCCAUGAGAUUUGAAAGUCCUCUACCCAACGGUGAUGGGCCUUCAACCAAAGUAUCUGAGGCAGAGCAAACCAAAGGGGAUGUGCGCACGGCUCGAUGGCUUUUUGAAACUCAACCACUUGAUGCUCUGAACAAAAUGUAUUUGGAUGAGACCGACUUGCAAGAGGCAGUCCUCAAAGAGCCUGUGGAGAAAGGGGAUGUGAAAGGGGCAGCCCAACUCUUUGAAACCCAUUCUUUGGACGCUUUGGGCCGUUGCUGUUCAGUGGAGGAGCAAAGUAUUCUGCAACUCAAGUCAGAAAUCCAAGAACACAAAGGUGAUGUCAAGAAAACCAUCAAGCUCUUCCAAACGGAGCCUCUGUGCGCUAUUCGGGACCAAACGGGACACAUCCAUGAAAUCAAAUCUGUCUGCAGGGAAGAAAUACAGAGCAAUACAGUCAAGACAGCCCGCUGGCUCUUUGAGACACAGCCCCUGGACACCAUCAACAAGGAUACAUCCAAAGUGCAAGUCAUUCGGGGGAUUUCCCUGGAAGAAUCAUCCAAGGGAAAUGUCAGUGGAGCCAAAUGGCUGUUUGAAACUCAGCCUCUAGAUGCCAUAAGAGAAAUUACAGUGGAGGAAACUGACUUCAAGGCUUCUCCAGACCUCAUCCAAGGUGCUGAUGUGAGCAAGCAGUGCCUGCUUUUUGAGACUCAGCCUCUUGAUGCUCUGAAAGGAGAACCCUCCAAUAGUAUCCCAACCAGAGAAGAAGUCGUCAAAGGGGAUGUGAAAUCAAGUCUCUGGCUAUUUGAAACUCAACCAAUGGAAACGUUGAGGGAUAGUUAUGAAGUUGGACAUUUAAUGAAAGUUGAGCUUACAGAUGAGGAGAAAGGAGCUGUGAAGCAAACAAAACAUGUUUUUGAAACCUGCCCUUUGGGCAGCAUUGCCAAAUCUCCAGCUGGAGACAUUUCAGCCACCAACAUUCAAGAGGUAGAGAAAGGUGACGUGAAAGCCUUCAAGAGUCUAUUUGAGACACUGCCUUUGGAUAGCAUUAGGCAGGUAAGCUCUGAGGAGAUGGUCGAGAAAAGUGAGGAAAUACCACUUGGGAAUGUGAAAGCCAACCAGACCCUGUUUGAGACAACACCUUUAUAUGCCAUCAAAGAUUGCUUUGGAAAUUUCCACAAAGUCACUUCUGUGAGCAGAGAGGAAGAAGUAACCAGUGGAGAUGUUAAGAACUACAAGUGGAUGUUUGAAACCAAACCUCUGGAUCAGUUUGAUGACAGCGCCCAAAAAGUGGCCCUUGUAAGAGGGAUCACCAAACAGGAAGUGGUAGCUGGAGAUGUUAAAACAGCCAAGUGGCUCUUUGAAACACAACCCAUCGAUGUCAUCCACAGUCAAAUGAACCCAGCAGACCAGAACAUCUCUGAGAAAGGAGACACAACCCAAAAGGGUGAUGUGAAGACCUGCAGGUGGUUGUUUGAGACACAUCCGAUGGACACCUUGUAUGAGAAGGAAGGGAAGAAGCAGGAUGGAGAAGAACUUGUUCCACAAGGUGAUGUUAAGUCAUGCACAUGGAUGUUUGAAACACGACCUUUGGAUUCUUUGAAAGGCCAAGAAGAGCAGUAUUUGCAGGUUUGCAAAGUUUACAAUCAGGAUGAAUUACAAGGAGUAGAUGUGAAAACUGUGCGGCACUUAUUCGAAACAGAACCCUUGGUCAGUGAUACCACUAGCAGUGGUGAUACCAAAAAAAUAAUCAGGUACUCCAGCCGUGUGGAGAUCCAGUCUGGAGAAGUGUCUAGGGUGAAGGAAUUCUUUGAAGCCAAACCUUUGGAUUCAAUGCAUAAACUGAGCAUUGACAAGAAGGUUACUGAAAGUCCAGCCCAUGGGGACAUUGAACGAGGAGCAGUACACAAGUUCACUUGGCUCUUUGAAAACUGCCCUAUGGAUACCCUGAAAAGCAGCAUGGAGGGUAUUCAAGAGGUGGCCCCCCAAAAGGACAUCCAAGGUGGAGAUGUUGGGGCCAAAAAAUUUGUUUUUGAAACCUACUCCUUAGAUCAGAUCCACGACAAAGAGAACGAGAUGCAAAUAAAAAAGAUCCAGGAGGAGACCAUGAAUAAAGCCGACAUCAAGUCCUGCACCAUGUUGUUUGAGACCCGUCCCUUGUAUGCCAUUCAGGACAAAGAAGGCGAGUACCACGAAGUCACAUCUGUGAAGAAGGAAGAAAUCAUGAAAGGUGAUGUGAAGGGUGCCCGAUGGCAGUUUGAAACCAAACCUUUGGAUCAGAUCAAGAAAGAUGAGGAGGUAUUUGUGAUCAGGGCUGUCACCCAGGAGGACUUCAAGAAGGGGGAUGUCCAAGCAGCAAGAUGGAGGUUUGAAACAGAGCCUCUUGAUUCUAUUGUGGAAGAAAAGAGGCCGGUCUUGAAGACCAUUGAUGAUGUGCAGAAAGGAGAUGUCCAGUCUAACAAGCAACUCUUUGAGUCAGAGCAAGUGAGUCAAAAGAAGUAUGUGCGCAUGGUCAGUGUCAGCGACGUUCAGCAUGGAGAUGUGCGGACAUCCACCUGGCUGUUUGAAAACCAGCCCAUUGACUCCCUGAAAGGAGAAUCAGAAAGCAACUCCAGCCUGAGCACAGUGCAGAGGGAGGACAUUCACAAGGGGGAUGUGAAACGCUGCACUUGGCUGUUCGAGACCCAACCCAUGGACAGCCUAAAAGACCAGGAGACCUCAGCAAGCGUUGAGACCUUACAGGUGGCUCCUCAGGCUGAUGUAAAGAGCACAACAUGGUUAUUUGAAAGUACCCCUCUGGAUAAACUGAGCACUUCUCAAUACUGUGCAGAAAAGGAUGCAACCCAAAGAACCAUAACAUCUACUUUGGAAGUUCUCUUCUCACACCAGGUGAUUCAACAUGAUGGUAUCCUCAUUGAAGCCAGUGACACUGAGAGCAUCACAAUGGCCAAAUACCAUCUUGGUCCUCAUGGAAGCCCUGAAGUCCAAAAAGAAGAGGUAAUGGGAGGCAACCUGCAAAACAUCUUGAUGCAGCUACUUCAGAGGAGCAAUAUAGAGGCCAGUGGGGAGUUGGUGCAGGAAGAAGUGAAUGGGGAGGUCCGGGUCAGACCAGUGCAGCUUCUGGACACUGGAAAGGCUGAGAAGAGCAAAGAGAAUUUGAAGGACGAUGUGUCAAAGGCUCUCCAAGAACUUCUUAGUCAAGAUAUAUCAAUCAAGAAAGGACUUCUUAUGCAGGAGACAGAGACUGGCUCAGCCAAGAUAACUAUCUUUUCCCUUCUCCACCACUUUGCUCAAGAACACAGUUUGAUUAAGGGAGAUGUAAAAUCAACCAUUGGGAAUCUGUUGGCUUCUUCCCAAGAGCAGAAGGCAACAGCCACCAUCCGCCGAGAAGACAACGAGAAAGGCAACGUCCAGUUGUACACCAGCUGCAUCGAGAAGGGAGAUCUGGACUACCUGAAGAACCUCCAGAGGGAAUCAGAGAUAGAGUCCCUGGCUUCCUCCCAGGUACAAGAGGAGCCAAUGGAAACUGUGCAACAAGCCAAGGUACCUGCCCAGUUACCGGAGGGAAAACUAGUGCCCCAAAUGGCAGAUGUGGUAUUAGGGGAUAUCAGUGGAACUAAGCAAGUAAUCUUGUGUAAGAGCAAAGAAGGGACUUUAGAAAGGGAGGCAGACCUAGGUUCUACUGAGCACUGUCUUGCGCAAUCCCUAAAACCAGUGAUAGUAGAGGGAAACCAAGUUCCUAGGCAAGUUAAAUUCCCUAUCGAAUCUGUGCAAAAAACACAGGACAAUAGCAACAGUGUAGUGAUAGAAGACAGAAUAGUCCUGGGAAAGAGAGAGGAGGGAACAGCCACCGCCAAGGUAACAGAGCAGACGAUAGUAACCAGUGGGGCUACCCACUCUUCCCUAGUAGGGACAGUUGACCAUUCCCAGACGCCUGCUCUUGGCAGUGAUCUUCAAGCAGCCAUGCAGAGUCUCAGACUUGCCACCGCAGAGGCCCAAAGCCUCCGGCACCAAUUCCAAAGCAAGCUUCAGAAAACAACCGAAGAGAUUCAGCAGCCCACCCAGACGGCCACUGUGCAGGUUGCAGGAUGCCAUAAGGGCUGUGUAGCCACCAGCCACCAACAAGCUGGAAAUGCAAUCUUUCUCAGCGUGCAGGAGAUGCCCAAGUCCCAGAAAAUCAUGCCUCAGAAGAGCAUGGCACCAUACCCAAAAGUCAGUGCUUCUGAGCAGGAUGGGGUGCUGCCAUUUGCAGCUCUCAAGGAUGAGCCUAGUGCAGAGCUUAGUAUUAAGGACGGCCUUUACACUGCCAAACCCGUCAAGUCCUAUGUAAACCCAUUCGCUGAGUCUGAUUACAAAGAACACUCCGUUCCUGAAGAACGAGAGCAAGAGCCCAUAAUCGGAGGGGAUGUGCAGACAGCUAUCCGAGCCCUGCAGAGUGCGGCAACAGGACAGAGGCCCAUAGACAAAGAGGAUGUUGUCCGUGGCAACUUAAAAGCCACACUUGAGUCCCUGGAAAAAUCUAACGUUAAUGUCUCCAAAGGGGAUUUUAAAGCAGCUAUGAUAUACAGGCAAGCAGGGCAGUCCUAUUCCAUUUGUAAAAAGAAAAACGAGACUCAGAUCCUUAGUAACCAGGCAGCUGCUGUAGAAGCUUCAGGCUCGCAGGCUAUUAAUGAUUGUCCUCCUCCUCCUCCAGCUUCAGUGAUGGGAACCGAAUGUCAGCCAACCAAACAGAAAGAAGUGAAAACUGUAAGGUGUUCCUCACUUGCACAGCCAUAUGUUCCUAAGGCUCUUCCUCCAGCCCCAACCAAACCAAGUGACCAGAAGGCUAUAGAGAAACCACAACUACCCCCCAAGCCCGGAGUGAUCGCCCCACCAAGGAGAAAACCGGUCCCACCUCCAAAACCAGAAUUCCUUUUGAAGGAAGCACUUCCCCAGCCAGCAAGCUUCAAGAAAGGGUCAUUAGGAAUAGAAACAGCCCAGCUUUCUUCUCCCAAACCUCUGCUUGAGGUUGAGCAAAGCAAGUCAAAGACUUUACCUAUCCCAGACUUUGCAAAGGCAGCUUGUGGGGCCGAGAUCUGGGAGCCACCUACAUGUCAACCAUAUUCAGCAGCUGUUCCUGUGGCUCCAUCUUCUGUGUCUACUGCAAUUGAGGACUUAAGAUCUGAGAAAAAUCCCAGAAGAGAUAUGGUCAAGACGCCUUUGCAAGUAGCAGAAGAAAAGUAUAAGGCCAAGAAAGAAGAGCAGAGCAAAGUGGAAUUGGCUGGCCAGAAACUUUCCGUGGAGGCAGUAAAAAUGAGAUCUGAAGGAGAAAGCUGCUAUCUGACAAAAGAGACAGAAGGAUUUCUGACAUUUUGCCAACCAGAAAGUGGAGGUGCCAUAACCAAUACACAAGGUUCUCCAUUGUCGCUUGGAUUUCAAACAGAUCUCAUGAGCCUUGAUGGCCCAAGAAAGCCAUAUCUCUCUGCCAAAUGCCAUGCCAAUAUUUUGAAAAAAGGAGCUAUCACAACACAUAACACAUCUUCAGAGACAGAUGACUUAAGCAUACCCAGAGCUGCAGGUUCCAUGGACAACCAAACAACAAGCCCAAGAUUAGAGAUGUUAGAACCUGCCUUUCUUGCAUCUUCUUCUUUCCAGUCAAAGCCCUUCCUAGAAGAUCCACAAUUUGUGCACAACAAAGGAUUAAGGGGUCCAGAAAGGACAUCUGAACAAAAUGCAGAGGAGAGGCAAAAUCCUGUGGUGAUCAUGCGGGAGAAACCUUGCCGAGAAACUGAAGAUGAGCGUCGCAAGAGACUGUCUGUCCACAAGGAGGAGAUCAUGAAAGGCAACGUGAAAGAAGCCAUGGAGAUAUUUGAAAACCUGCGACGACAAGAGGCGCUUCAAGAAAUUCUAACCCGAGUGAAGGAGUUUGAGGAGGAAACGUCCAAGGUGGAUGUGAAAUCCUUAAAGAACUUCUUUGAGAAUGUCCCUGACUGGGUGGUGUAUCACAAGACUCAUCAGACCCAAGAACCCAAGGCAGAGAAGGUUGAGCAAAUGAAAGAUGUCAAGGAAGAUACAGAUAGUGUCUCAUCUGUGGAGUUGGCCUUCGAAGAUCUAGAGAGAGCAAGCGCUGAGAUCAUUCAUUUAAAGGAGCAGACUCUCAGCCGGCUCUUGGACAUUGAAGAAGCCAUCCGGAAAGCCCUGUGCUCCAUUUCAAGCCUGAAAUCUGAAUCGGACAUUGCUGGGCUCUCCGGACUUCUUAAAGAAUCUCUUGGGAAUUCUCAGAGCCUUGCAGGUGGGAACAACAUCCGAAAGAUCAGUAUUGUGUCCAGCAAAGCCAAACAGGACAGGGGCACACAACACUCUGGCUGGGAUGGUGCAAAAGGGGCAGAAAAGCAGGAGGCACCAAAACUGGAACUAGAGGUUCCUCACAUCAUUCAGCCCCGUGCGAGUUCUCCUUCCUCUCCUUCCUACAUCUCCAUUCAAUCUGCUGCACGGAAAACUGGAGACUCACCCCAAACAUCUCGAUCUCCCUCUGCACAGUAUACAAGGGGAAAGGAAGUGUCUGCCCAGGACAUUUUUAGCUCCUUACCACGAAAAUCAGUGAGGUCAGAUGACUGUAACUUGGCUUUCUGUGAAGAUGAAUAUGCCCCUGUCCAGAUGCAGAAAGGAACCGGAUUGAUUAAGCAACAGCAUCUCAGCAGCCCAGAAGUUCUCCAUCGUCACGUUGGCACUAACAGUGAUAAGGAACAGGAUGUAUCCCAAAAUUUUAUCCAAGGAGCAGGACCUGAGUACGCCUCCAAAGCUUCCCUGAGUGCUUUAAGCCCAUCAAAUCCAAGACGACAGAAAAGCAUCCUAGAACUUCAGACCAACCACGAUGGGUCAAAGCUCUUUGGGGCAACCAGAACAGUGACAGAGCAAUAUGAGGAAGUGGAUGAGUUUGGAAACAAGAUCAUCACCUCUUCCACCACUGUUACCAAACAGUCUGAGACUCAGACAUCCUCCACAUGCGACAUGGUGUCAUGCCCCACAAGAUAUGAGGUGACAGCUUCUCCAGUCCUUCGGAGAUAUCUGAACAGCCCGGCUGACUUCCCCUCAAAUGAAGGCCACCAAGAAGCCGGAGUGGUGUUUGUCACUUUUAGCAACUCCAAGCCUGCAAAGAAAUAGACAUUUUAGCAAGUGGCAGAUAAAAAUAAGGGUUGUGAUCUAGCUAAGACAGAGGGUUCUGUGUUAAAGCAAUUUAAUCCAACUGGUUUUGGAAAGACUCAUUCAGUUGAAUCGAACUCAGAUAAUUCAAGAUGGAGCACUUCAUAGGCUGGUCUAUCUAUCAAACACACAAAUGUGUAUCAGGAAAACUUCUAAGCCUUGCCAAAUGUUUGGAAUUACAGCCUUUAUAUUUGAAGAUAACCUUGAACCUGUGUUUGGAACCAGUCUUUGGAGAAAAGACCACUGACUUGUUAUUACUAUCCUGGACUUCAGGUCAAAGAAAAGAAGAAAGUUAUGAGAAGGCUCUUUCUAAGAAGGUUCUUUCUAAGGACUUAGAAAAAUUGUCCUGUUGUAUCAGACCAAAGGCCACCAUUUUAUUUCCAACCAUAAUGGAUAGUCAGAUGUUCCAAAUGCAGGCCAAAGAGACUUGGGCGCAACCAAAGAGCCACUGAUACAAUACUUCAAAGAAUACACUCCUGGACUCUGCCUUUUCUUCUCCUUCUUGCUAUCAUUAGAAAUCCCCCAACCUGCUUCUCUCUCCUGUUACUAUAUAACUUGCCUCAAAAACAUACAAAUGCCUUCCCCCAUCUCCAUAGAUGCAGCAAACCUGGGUUUAGAGUAGUUCUUUCCUUAGCUACCCACAUCCCUGUACUUUAUGACAUUUUUAACAAGAGAUAUUUAGUAGUAUCCAUAUUUAGCAAUGAAGUAUAUGCAUUGGAAUUUAAAGACUCUUCAUCAUUUCCUUUCCCUCGAAUGAGAAGGCGAGGGAGAUAUUCUAGUUAGGUCUCUCUUAUCAUAUAUAUCGAUGGUUAUAGCUUUCCUCUCUUUUUAAAUUUUAGAACUGUAACUUAUUAUUCCUUGUUAACAUGUCUUUAGUUUUCCCACUUUCUUACCUAUCUGUUAUUUCAAAUGACUUUAAAAACCAUGUAAAUCAAUUUUAUGAUGAUGAUUAUGAUGAUUUUUUUUUGUACAUUCUCAAGUGAUGGCUUUAGAUAUUUUGUCAGUGUGUUUUUUUUAAUUGCAUUAUGGAGAUAAAAUUGACUUCUGAAAAUAGA